GACCCACGGUCGUGGACAGUGGAGGACAUCAGUAUUUGGCUUCACUGGCUGGGCAUAGGCGAGCAUGUGGAGUCGUUCGCCUCUCGCAAUGUGGACGGCCGGCUUCUGUUGCAGCUAGGGGCGGAGGCUUCCUGGGCUGAGUUGGGUGUUACAGACCCGGCACAGCAGCGUGUUCUGGACUCUGCUGUGGAGCCUCUGAGGUGCUUCCAUCAAGGGAGUGGCCUGGAGACAGGCCUAGCGCUCCAUGCCAUUGAAGGUCCGGUGGCUGGUCGAGUCUUCUUGGUGGGCAGCGGUGGGGUCACUGGCGGUCGUCAUUGUGCUUCGAAUGGCAUUGUGCUCUCGGAGAAUUAUGUGUCAAGACGGCACUUCUUGAUUCUUCGAGAUCGCAGCGGCCAGUACCUGUUGCAAGACGUGGGAAGUACGACUGGAACGUUCCUCAUGGUGCGGGAAGAGUUGCCUUUGGACCAUCAGAUGAUCAUCCAGUUGGGCACUACAGAGCUGACAGUGCACAUAGAAGGAGACUGUUGCACGCUGGUCGCGACUGAGGGCCCUGACAAGGACAUCAGCGCCAUGGUCCCUCCGCAGGGGCUUUUUGUGGGGAGGGAGGCUGGAAAUGGGCUUUGCAUCAGAGACCCUCAGAUCUCUGCGUUUCAUUGUGAGGUUCGCCCAGCCCCAGAUCAUGGUUUCGUCUUAGAUGACAAGUACUCAACAAACCGUACCUGGCUGCGUUUGGCCGCCGACGGUCAGCCAUCAAAGCGGUACUUGCUUCGAAUUGGUGAUCUCUUCAAAGUUGGCUCGACGCUUUUCCACGUGGUGGAGCCUCCGCCAGUGGAAGACAUUCCCGGUGAGGCCCUGCCUACCAGUUUGGAUCGACUGGACCACACGCGCUUUCCCACCUCGCCGAGCUCGGUGGAAGAGCCGGACCUCAGCGAUGACGUGGAAGCCGCUGUGCCGUCGGCAAUACCCAGUGAAUCGCCCCUGAGAUGGGAGCCUUUGCUGGAGGGUGACGCGAGGCCGUCACUCUCUCCUGAAGAGUAUGCCAGACGACUGACGUCUUCUCGCCGGCGGAUGGCUGAAGGCUCUGCCAGAAGAGCUGCAGGAACGGCCAAUGACCUCCAAGGAAGCCAGGAUGCUCGCGUCUUCGACAUGCAGGAGAGAGAGCUCUCUUCUUUGCAGCAGCGCAUGCGAAACUCGCGGGCGCAGACCGCCUACACGCUGCAGCAGCAGCGGCAAGGAUCCGAGCAGCGAGAUGAGCGACGAGACGAAGACUUGUGCAAAAUAUGCUACGAUGAGGUCAUCGACGUGGUGCUAUACCCAUGUGGCCACUUCAUGCUAUGCAGAUGGUGUGCGCAGCUGGUCUCAGACUGCCCCGUCUGCAGAUUUGUCAUCACCGACGUCAUUCGUACUUACAAGGCAUGA